AUGGGUCCAAGGGAGGGGGUACGGGGCCUGCGGGAUGGCGGCGCGCCGCCGGCCGGCUGCCAGUCCGCCGGCACGCCGCCGGUGCCUGCGCUGCUGCUGGCCAGACUCCACAGCAGGCAGAGGGCGGCGGCGGCAGGCAGCUCUUCCGCGUCUCGUUCGGUCCUCAGCAGCUGCGGCAGCUGCCCCAGCCCGAGCGCAGGCAGCGGCCUGCCUGCCGCCAGGGCCGCGUGGGGGCCUGCCCACUUUCAGCAGCAGCAGCAGCAGCAGCAGCAGCAGCAGCAGCAGCAGCAGCAGCAGCAGCAGCAGCAGCAGCAGCAGCAGCAGCAGCAGCACCGCGUGGGCCCGAUGGCAGGGCAAGGGGCCCCCUUGCUCCGGGAGUUGCAACCGCCGCCCGCGGGGUUGUUGCCCGAGGACGGGUCGACCUCAGGUGGCAGCUGGCACAGCGCUGCAACGGAGGCCAGCGGCGACGCCGGCGACAGCGUGGCCGGCCCAGGCGGCUGGGCGUCAAGCGGGGCCACGCCACGCAGCCCCCUGCAUUCACCCGUGGCAGCAAGCAGCAGCGGGAGCGGCAGCGCUUGGGGUCGGGCCUCCGUCGCCCCCGCCCCAGCUGCUUCUGUUUGCAGCGUUGCAAGCCCAGCCAAUAUCGGUGCCAGCAGCGCCGCAGCGGCGCCGCCGCCCACCACACUGCUGGUCCACCAUCCGGGGGCCGCCACAACCACCCUGCCAGCCACCCGGCCUUCAGCCGCUGCGCCGCCCCCAGAGCCCCCAGCUGCGCCGCCGCCGCCCUCGCAUUCUUACCCGUCGCCCGAAACGCCGCUGCCGCUCCCCGCGCGACCGCCGGCCGCCCAUGCGCCGCUCCUUGCCAGCCGCGGCCCCUCGCCGGCCGCCGCCCCGCCGCCGCCGCCGCUGGUACCCGUGGGCGAGGGCAGCUGCAAGAGCACGCUGAUAGAACUCUGCCGAAGGCGCAGCUGGGAAGAGCCGGUUUUCGAGGUCAGCAGCGUGGGCGGCCCGCCGCACGCGCCGGGCUAUCGGGCUCGCGUCCGUGUGUUUCUCCCGCUCUCCCCCAACGGCGGCGGCAGGGACACUGGCGGCGCUGCGGCGCGGGAAGAGGUGAAGCGGGAGGCGGAGGGCCCCAGCAAGAAGGCGGCCGCGCAGGCCGCGGCGAGACAGGUGCUAGCGGCGCUGGCGGCGGGGCAGCGGCCGGGGGCGGCGGCCCCCGACGCGGCGCCGGGCGCGGCCGGGCCCGGGCCCACGGCAGGGGCCGGGAGCCCCUCAGACGCAGGCAGCGCCGUCCCUGACGGCGCAGCGGCAGCGGCGGCGCACGCGGCGGCGGCAGCGGCGUCGGCGGCCCUCUCCGAACUCGAUGCUGCAGGGUCUGGGGCGGCGCUGUCAAACCCCAAGGGGCGCCUGCAGGAGCUCGUGUUCCGCGGCCUGCUGGAGUGCAUCUGCAUCCCCAGGAGCCAGGCGCCGCUGUAUGACGGCCGCGGCUUCGAGGGGCCGCCGCACAGGCCGGUGUUCCGGGAGCGCGUGCGGCUGAUGCAGCUGCAGGCGGCGGGGGCGGCGCGAGCAGGCGGCGGCGGCGGCGAGCGCGCCGCUGCGGCGGCGGGCGGCGAGGGCGGGUGCCAGGGUUGGGUUGAGGCCGAGGGGAUGGGCGAGAGCCGCAAGGCCGCGCAGGCGGCGGCGGCGGCGGCGCUGCUGCAGGUGCUCAGGUGCAGGCUCGCCAGCGCGGCCGGCGGGGCGGCGUGA